UUCUUUCAAAAUUUUAUGAAAAAUGAUAGCCUUGAAACUCCGAUUAUUAUUAGUUYCAUUCUUCACAAGUGUCAUGGGAGAGGCCCAAUAUGUAACACAAGAUGCAGCACUGAUGAACUACAUCGACCGGCGUUUCCUUUCUUUAGAGAGGAGGCUGGAAAARUGCAACCAAGAUAUACUGGAUUAUGUUGAAGAAUUUCGAGACUUUACAAAGAUGAUAAUGCCACGUCUGGCAGGACUGAACAGUUAUGAGACUGAGCUUAAAAGUGAAGUAGAAAAUUUGCUAACAAGAGUUGAACGAGCACAAAGGGACAUUGACUAUUUUGGAUCUCUCACAGAUUCAAAUACUUGUGUAGAAAUUGAUGAAGACUUGGUGAAACAGCAGCUAGUUGAAGAAGCAGAAGAAAACAGGAAACUGAAACUCAUGCUUAAUGCAAGUUGUGACUACAUGCUUGCAGGUAUUAAGUCUCUAAAGAUAGUUAAGAAGACUGGUGAGAUACAUGGCUCUUGGAUGAAAGAUCCUGGCAAAAAACAUGCAAAGAUUUAUUUAUUAAGUGGUUCUGUGAAUAAUGUUAUUUUGGAAUUUGCAAAUAUCCUGUCAUUCAUGGAAAGCAAUCACACACAAAGAGCUCGCAGAGUCACCCUGCCACUUSCCUGGAAAGGAACUGGACACACCAUAUAUCAGGGUUUCUUGUUCUAUCACAGAUAUGGCUCCUUAAAUGAGAUAAUUAAAUAUAACAUCCAGAAAAGAAAUGUAACUGAUCAGAUGCUACUGCCAGGUGCUGGAAGGAUUCCUGCCUAUCAGCUUUCUCCAGCUACAAAAAUAGAUCUUGCCAUUGAUGAGCAAGGCCUCUGGGCAAUCCAUGCAGAACCAGACACUGGAGGAAAUAUUGUAAUUACUAAAAUCAACUACAUGACCAUGUCAGUAGAGAACACUUGGGACACUUCUUGCAGUAGCAAAAAUGCUGAGGCUGCUUUCAUGGUAUGCAAUAUACUCUAUGUUGUAUAUAAUGUUCCUAGUGGAGGCACCUCUCGCAUACAAUGCCUUUAUGAUGUAGUGGGUGCAGUAAGUACGUAUGAGAUCCCAGUACUGCACUUUCCAAAACGUCAGGGUAGCCAUUCCAUUAUACACUAUAAUCCCAAAGAAAAACAGCUCUUUGCCUGGGGUGAUGGUUAUCAGAUCAUUUAUAAACUUCAAACAAUACAAAAAGCUUAA